ACUCUGAAGCUUACAGAGACAAACUAACCUAUAUAUUUUAUAUUUUUUAAUAAUUUUUUAUCUGAAGAAAAUUACCUCUGAAAUUACUUUUAAAAAUAUUAACCACUUAAAUAUGUUAGCAGUUUUUCGAAAAUUAAAUCUGGCAGGUAUAUCAUUGGAGAGUAUAAACAAUUCUUAUGUAAAUUUACAAUCAAUAAGGUGGCGUAAACCCAGAUGUGUCCCCACAGCUAAAAGUAAACGAUUCCGUGUUCCUCAAACACCAAUACUUCCCGAAGAUGAACAGAUUGAAAUUAAAAGACUAUUUAAUAAUUAUCGAAAUCAUUUGAAGUCAGUAAGACGGUAUCUUAUCAAUAAACAUUCUAAGAUUGAAGAGACCACUCACGAUCCAGAAGAAUUGUUGAAAAUAAUUAAUCAAGAUUUUGAAAGAUGUUCAGCAAUAAAUGACAAAUGGAAUGCUGAGCAAAAAAUUCUCAGGGAACAAAGAAUAGCCAAACAGCUAGAGGAUGAUAUAAAGUUUGCCAAACAGAGAAUUGAGUUGGAAUUAGAAAAGGAACAACAGUCUUUGGAAAGAGUAGAAGAAAUAGUUAGGAAACAAAAAGAGGCUUCUGUGGAUUUUAUUACUGCAGAAAAUAUUGAUAAAGCUAUCGACCAAGCAUUGGCACAAGAAACUGACUAUAAUUUUGCAGUUGACAUUAAUGGUGAGAAAUUACAUGGUAGAGAGACGAGACCUGAAAAAAGUGAGAAAAAGGUUGCGUUGAAACAGUGAAAUUAAUUUUCUCAAUAGUGUACUCUGUCAUAUGAUUUUUUUUUUUUUUUUGGAAUAAACUAAUAUAAUUAAGAACGUUAUAAUGUAAGGGUAAUAAAAAUACAUGGAAAAUAAA